AGGCGGGCGCGAAGGGAUGGUUCAGCCUUGCCGGCGCCUGGCCUGGACCUUUCUUGUGGGUCGCUUUCACCCAGCCUCCCACUGCGCUGUGGAUGCGCAUUCGGGCGUUUCCAGCAGCUUGGCAUUCUCAGGACUCUGACCUUUUGGAGGAAGAAGACGAUAUGACCAGGUCUCUUUGUCUAGAAAUACAGCAAACAGUGACGUUUAAGGAUGUGGCUGUGGACCUCACCCAGGAGGAAUGGCAGCAGCUGAAACCUGCUCAGAGGAACUUGUACCGGGAUGUGAUGCUAGAGAACUACAGCAACCUAGUCACAGUAGGUUAUCAAGUCACCAAACCAGAUGUGAUCUUCAAGUUGGAACAGGAAGAGGAGCCAUGGGUGAUAGAGGAAGAAAUGCUUGGGAGGCACUGUCCAGAAGUUUGGGAAGUUGAUGAACAACAGAUCAAGAAGCAACAGGAAGCACUUGUGAGGAAAGUCACAUCCAUCUCCAAGAAAACUCUGAUUAAGGAAAAUGUCAUUGAAUGUAAAAAAGUUACAAAAAUAUUUCCUUUGAACUCAGAUAUUAUUACUUCAAGACCAAACUUCUAUGAAUGUGACUCAUUUGAUAAAGAUUUGGAACAUAAUUUAGACUUACUUAGUUAUGAUAAGGACUGUAUAAGAGAGGAAAAUUAUGAAUAUAAUAAAUACAGGAAGCCAUUUUACCCUUGCUCAUCCCAUGUUCUAACCCCCUUUAAGUGUAAUCAGUGUGGACAAGACUUCAAUCAUAGAUUUGACCUCAUCAGACAUGAGAGAAUUCAUGCUGGAGAGAAACCCUACGAGUGUAAGGAAUGUGGAAAAGCCUUCAGCAGGAAGGAAAAUCUUAUUACACAUCAAAAAAUUCAUACUGGGGAGAAACCAUAUAAAUGUAAUGAAUGUGGAAAAGCUUUCAUUCAGAUGUCAAACCUUAUUAGACACCAGAGAAUUCAUACAGGGGAGAAACCUUAUGCAUGUAAGGAUUGUUGGAAGGCCUUCAGUCAGAAAUCAAAUCUCAUUGAACACGAGAGAAUUCAUACUGGAGAAAAGCCCUAUGAAUGUAAAGAAUGCGGAAAAUCCUUCAGCCAGAAGCAAAAUCUUAUUGAACACGAGAAAAUUCAUACUGGGGAGAAACCUUAUGCAUGUAAUGAAUGUGGUAGAGCCUUUUCUCGAAUGUCAUCUGUUACUCUACACAUGAGAAGUCACACAGGGGAAAAACCCUAUAAAUGUAAUAAAUGUGGAAAAGCCUUCUCUCAAUGUUCAGUGUUUAUUAUACAUAUGAGAAGUCAUACAGGUGAGAAACCCUAUGUAUGUAGUGAAUGUGGGAAAGCAUUCUCUCAAAGUUCAUCCCUUACUGUACAUAUGAGAAACCAUACAGCUGAGAAACCCUAUGAAUGUAACGAGUGUGGAAAAGCCUUCAGCAGGAAAGAAAAUCUCAUUACACAUCAGAAAAUUCACACUGGAGAGAAACCGUAUGAAUGUAAUGAAUGUGGGAAAGCUUUUAUUCAGAUGUCAAACCUCAUUAGACACCAGAGAAUUCAUACUGGUGAGAAACCUUAUGCAUGUGCAGUAUGUGGGAAAGCCUUUAGUCAGAAAUCAAAUCUCACUGAACAUGAGAAAAUUCAUACUGGAGAAAAACCUUAUCAUUGUAAUCAAUGUGGAAAAGCUUUCAGUCAGAGACAAAAUCUCCUCGAACAUGAAAAAAUUCACACUGGAGAGAAACCAUUUAAAUGUAAUGAAUGUGGUAAAGCCUUCUCUCGAAUCUCAUCCCUUACUCUUCAUGUGAGAAGUCAUACAGGAGAGAAACCUUAUGAAUGUAAUAAAUGUGGAAAAGCCUUCUCUCAAUGCUCAUUACUUAUUAUACAUAUGAGAAGUCAUACUGGUGAGAAGCCCUUUGAAUGUAAUGAAUGUGGGAAAGCAUUCUCUCAAAGAGCAUCCCUUUCUAUACAUAAGAGAGGUCAUACAGGUGAGAAACGAAAUUUAGAGUCUAACAAUAAUGUAUCAGUCAAGGCCUUUCAAGAAAUAGAUAUUACUCAAAUUGGCCCCUCGCCCCGCUCUAUAAGUGGCCCGCCCCGGACACUGGGCCGUGGGGCGCGCCCGCUGUCCCCCGCGAUGGAGCCGGCCGAGGGGUGCCCGGACGCGUUCGCCUACCUGGAGUGCGCGCUGGGCUUGCUGGGCUCGGUGCAGCUGAUGCGCUGGGCGCACGGGCGCUGUGCGUCCCCGCGCCCCACCUACCAGCUGCCGCAGCGCCUGCGCCACGCGCCCAACCGCAUCCUCCUGGCCACCUUACUCAUCCACUACGCGCAACGGUGCUUGUUUUUCCCGUUUCUGAUCCGAGGAGAAAAGCCGAUGCUCCUAUACGAGUCCAGAAGAGGAGAGAAAAGCCGCUGUACAUCACAAGGCAUGGCAGAGGGCUUCAAGUUUAAAGAUGUGGCCAUUUACUUCUCUCAAAAGGAGUGGGAAUGCUUGCACCCUUCUCAGAAGGGUUUGUACCGAGAUGUAAUGUUGGAGAAUUAUAACAACCUGAUCUCACUGGGACUUUCUGAUUCUAAGCCAAAUGUGAUCUCCUUAUUGGAGCAGGGGAAGGAGCCCUGGAUGGUUAAGAGUAAGGAAACAAAAGAAUGGUGUCCAGAUUGGGAGUCCAGAGGAGAAACCAAUAAUUUAUUUCCAAAGACAGACAGUUAUGAAAUUAAAUCAUUGCAACUGAAGAUAAAAAGACUUGAAAGCUCUCACCUUGAGUGCACUAGGGUCAGAGAUGACAGAGAAAUGAAAUGCCACUUGGAGAAACAACAGGAGGGACAUUUCAGACAAGCCAUAAUAACCUCUGGAGAAGAGUCUGUUUCUGUUCAGUGCACAGUUCAUGGAGUACUACAGACAAUUUAUACUAGAGCAAAAACCAAUGAAUGCAAGGGAUGUAAGGAAGCUGUCAGGUGCCAGUCACACCAUAGUCAACAUGAAAGAAGUCCUAAUAAGGAAAAAGACUCUAAAUGUGGAGAAUGUGGAAAAGCCUUUAAUAGUAGGUCAGACUUAAUGAAGCAUCAGAGAAUUCAUGAAAGCAAAAAAAGUAAAGAAAGUAAGAAAUGUGCCUACAUCCAUGGCUCUGAAGUUACUAAACCUCAGAGAAUUAAUACUGGUGAGAAAUCUCAUAAAUGUAAAGAAUGUGGGAAAGCCUUUCAUUCUGGCUCACAACUUCGUAAACAUCAAAAGAUCCACAUAGGUGAGAAACCCUAUAAAUGUAAGGAGUGUAGGAAGGCCUUUCCAUCUACUUCACAACUUAAUUUACAUCAGAGAAUUCAUACAGAUGAGAAAUACUAUGAAUGUAAAGAAUGUGGGAAAGCCUUUACCCGACCCUCACACCUCCUUCGACAUCAGAGAAUCCAUACUGGUGAGAAACCCCACAAAUGUAAGGAAUGUGGGAAAGCUUUUCGUUAUGACACGCAACUUAGUCUUCAUCAGAUAACUCAUACUGGUGAAAGACGCUAUGAAUGUAAGGAAUGUGGGAAGGUAUAUAGUUGUGCCUCACAACUGAGUCUACAUCAAAGAAUUCAUACUGGUGAGAAACCUCAUAAAUGUAAGGAAUGUGGGAAAGCUUUUAUCUCUGAUUCACAUCUUCUUCGACACCAGAGUGUUCAUACUGGUGAGAAACCGUAUAAAUGUAAGCAGUGUGGGAAAGCCUUUCGUCGUGGCUCAGAACUUACUCGACAUCAAAGAGCUCACACUGGUGAGAAACCUUAUAAAUGUAAGGAAUGUAAAAUGGCCUUUACUUGUAGCACAGAACUUAUUCGACAUCAGAAAGUUCACACGGGUGAGAGACCCCAUAAAUGUAAGGAAUGUGGGAAGGCUUUUAUUCGAAAGUCAGAACUUACUCAUCACGAGAGAAGUCAUAGUGGUGAAAAGCCCUAUAAGUGUAAGGAAUGCGGGAAGGCCUUUGGUCGUGGCUCAGAACUUAAUCGACACCAGAAAAUUCAUACUGGUGAGAAACCUUACAAAUGCAAGCAAUGUGGGAAGGCCUUUAUUCGUGGCUCACACCUUAGUAAACAUCAAAGAAUUCAUACAGGACAGAGGAGUGAAUGAAGACAUGUGGGAAGGCUCAAAAUUUUAUUGAUAUCUGCAAAGUCCUACUAGUUAAACACAAACCUACCGCCUGAUUUUAAGGGAUGUGGGAAAGCAUUUGAGGAUAACUUAAUAUCAGAGUUAAUACUGUGGAUACAAGGCCUUUUUUUGAGGGCCAGAAUUUAUUUGACAUGUUACUGCUAUUGGAUAAAUGUUAGUGGUUGGGAGGGUUCUAUUUAUGUUUCAAAAUUUAUUGGACCAUCAGUGUUCAAUUAAUGUAAAAGUGAUAAAACUUCAUGAAUGUGAGGAAAGUGGGAAGGCUUUGGAAGACAGUUAAUGUGUCAGUGACAGUCCCACAGACAUUUCUCAGCAUCAGGAUCAUUUUUACCCUGUGGGAAAUCAGAGGAUUCUUAAUAUAAAUGUCAUAUAUAUAGGAGACAAAUUUGCUUUAGCUUAAGUUACUCAUCUGGUAAUUCAUGCUUGGGAAAGGCUAUAGUAAUGUUAAAAAUGCAGCAGGUUACUCUAUCCCACUCAAAUCUUGUCAAAUAUUUGCAAGCUUAACCUCUAAAAAUAACCUGAACUGAAUCAUAGUGGGACAGGACUUAACCAAUGCUCAGUCUUUACUUGCCUUCACCAUUUUAACUCAUUUCUUAUGGGCAAAUGACUUAACUAGGUCUAAAUUUUCUCACUUAAAAAUUAGCAAUAUUAGCACCAUCUUGUUAGCAUUGUGAAGCUUAAAUAAUUACAUGAUAUCCCUUAGAAUACUGUGUGGCUCAUAUCGAAAGUGUGUUAAAUAAGAGCUGCUUUUAUUACUUUAUUUUUAUGCUUGUGGAUGGAGAUCGUAUGAGAGGAAGGCCUUAUGUGUGCAGGGAAUAUAGGAACAUCUAACGUCACCUUUUUAUUGAAUGUCAGGUAAUUCCUUCUGGAGAAAAAUUAAAAACUGAAGUUUUCAUUCUCCUUGCCUUCUUGCUUCACUAGGGGAAAGGAAAUCAAGGCAAAUUACAAUUAGAAAUGAAUGACAGAGGGACAACUACGCAUUAACAUUUGUAGGAUGAAACAAAGCUAUACCCAGGAAAAUAACUAUGAAACAAAGCUAUACCCAGAAAAAAACAUUUAUUUCUCCAUUGAAUAUGGGUAGAAAAUGGGAGAUGAUUAAUGGCCAGGAUUCAUUGUCAGUACUUGGUGCACUGCCUGUUCUAAUAGGUCCCCUGUAAACACAUGUUGAAAUCAGAGGAAUGAGGGAGUGAAUAAAUAUUUAUCUCUGGUGUGUAGAAAAGCUCUAACAAAGUAAGUGCAAAGCAAAACAAACCAAAAACCUUGAAAACUUUUGAAAUGGGAAAGUAAAAAAUCCUCAAGCAUCAUGAAUGAGAGGAUAUGUAACUACAAAAAUGGAAUUUUAAAGAAAUAAGGCAAUACAGUUGUGGCAGACACUGUUGGUUACCUACCCAUUGGUGUUAGCCAUUUUCCCUUUGCUAGGACUGCCCAUCUGAAGUCUAGCUCUUGCUGUCCUAGUUUGCUUAAUAAUUGGACAUAUAUAUAACAGUCCUGGCCAUAGAAGAUCUGAGCAAAAGUUAUAUGCAGCCUUUAUGUUAAAUUUUCUUUCCUAACAAAGUAGGAGGAAAUGGUCCUCUUAUACCCAGGAUGCAUGUGUAUAUGUGUAAUACCUGGAACUGUGGCCAUUUUGCUACCACAUGAGUAAGAGGCCGAGAUUGGCACACGGGAUAGAUUGGAAUUACCUGCAUCCUUGACAUUGUUGAGCUGAUGAAACAAUGUGGAACUGCCCUGUUCCUGGACUUUGAGUAAAAUGAGAAACUUCAUGCAUAUCAGUUUUAAGUUUAUACUCACUUUUUUAUGAUAUAUCAGAGUCCUAGAAAAAAAUAUUUUCGUAUGUAUAUACACAUAUUUAUUCACCUUUAAUUUAGUAAAUUGGGGAAAUGUUUAUAUUUGGCUUCUUUUUAUGGUAUAUCUGAAAUUGUAGUAAAGCAUUAUUUUCUUAAAUAUUUUUUAGACAUGUAUAUACAUAUAUUCUACUUUGAAUUAGUAAGACAUGGGAAAAUUUUUUUUUACAUUCAGCAUUUUAUAGUGUGUGUUUAUAUUCAUCUUUUUAAAGCAUGUCUGAAAUCCUGAAAGAUAUUUUCCUGAAUAAAGAAUCAAUAAACUGAUUCCUCUCAUAUCAGAAUAUCUAACAGAUAAAAUCUUCUAAGUGUUCAAGGUACAAAGAGUCACAGCUGUGAGGCUAGCAUAACGCUUUUAAGAAAUUUGGAGGGGUUCCUGGGUUGCUCAGUUGGUUAGGCAUCCAGCUUCGGGUCAGGUCAUGAUCUCAUGGUUUGGAGUUCAAGCCCCGAGUUGGGCUCUGUGCUGACAGCUCAGAGCCUGGGACCUGCUUCAGAUUCUGUGUCUCUCUCUGUCCCUCCCCUGAUCACACUCUGUCUCUCAAAAAUAAACAUUAAAAAAAAUUUUUUUUGGAAAAGGGUAACAUUCAAAUCAAAUCACCCAAAAAAAUAAUCCAUUGUACUUACGGUAUGUGAAUAUUAAAAUAAGUUAAAUCUUGCAGCCUAUUAAAGAAAAUAGGGUUGUUGGGGAGGUUUUUUUUGUCCAGAAUAUGAUUCAUGACGAUCUGUCCAGUUAAUUUUUAAGUAAUGUAUAAAUGUAGUGUUUACACGUUGAAAACUAGACCCUAAAAUAACUUUUUCCCAAAGUAGUAACUGAGAAACUAUUAGAGCAUAUGCAUAUUCAGCUGCUGUGAAGUCACUGCAGUUAUCCACUUAAUCAGACCUCAUGGGCUGUGGACACAUUUGGAAUAAUCCCUAGUCGAUUCCACUUAUGUCUUGCACUUUAGAAAAUAAUACUUCAAAUAAGUUUAAUGUAAACAUGUAUUAUAUGGUAAAUCAAUUAUAGCUAAAUGUGAGCCCAUUGGAGGAGAAUUUAUAAUAAUCCAAGCAUUUUUUAUUUUUUUGAGUAUGCUCUAUGCCCAAUGUAGGCUUGAAUUCCAGACCCUAAGAUCAAGAGUCACAUGCUCCACUGACUGAGCCAGCCAGGUGCGCCCAAGCAUUUUUUAAAGGGGAAAUUAUUGCUAAAUUUUAUCUGUACUGGCAUAAUUAUUCCGUAAGUCUCUUCUUGAAAGUUGUACGUACUGUUCUAAGAAGACAAGCUCUGCCCUUAGGAGGAAUUGAAUUAAUAAAGAUAGGCAAAACCAGGCAUGAUCAUGGUACUGGUUUCAUUAUAAUUUCUAAUAUUUUUUGACAUAUUAAGAGACGAUUCUCUUUCAUUUUUUGCCCAUGUAUACACUUUCCUUUUUUCAACACUUGAAAAUUGUAUUCUAAUUUUAUAUAACAAACUAUCAGGGUGCCUGGCUGGCUCAGUCUGAAGGAUAUGCGACUCUUGAUCUUGCAGUCAUGAGUUCGAGCCCCACAUUGGAUGUAGAGAUUAUAAAUAAAUCAACCUAAAAAAAAAAAAAAAACUAGGAGCGCCUGGGUGGCUCAGUCAGUUGAGCAUCUGAGCAUCUUUUGAUUUCGGCUUGGGUCAUGAUCUCACGGUUUGUAGUUUCGAGCAAGCCAUGUGUCAGGUGACUUUCAACAUGGUACCUGCUUGGGAUUCUCGGUCUCCCUCUCUGCCUUUCCCCUGCUUGCCCUCUCAAAAAUGGAUAAAUCUUAAAAACAAAAACCCCACGUUCUCUUAAUUGCCAUUACAAAAGCCUUCCGUGCUUUUUGCCAUACUCAAGAAGCAUGCCCACAUCUAAGAAGUUUGCUUUGGUAGUGGUGGUGGUGUGUGUGUAGUGUAGCAUAGUUUAAACGGGAUCAUGCUUACACAUUAAAGUGCAAUCCCCUUUUCUCACUUGGUAACUUACCAUGACUGGGCUUCCUUCCAGUCAGUGCCUACAAGUGUAAGUUUUUAGCUUUUAGACUCCUACAUCAUAAAGACAAAGCAUAAUAAUAUGCAGCCCAAUCUUCCACCAGUUCAGAUUUGUUAUUUUACAAAUAAUUGUACAAUUUUAUUACACAUGUAUUAUUUCCUGUUGGUGCUUCUGUUGAGUGGAUGGAUUCCCACCAGUUGGAUUCCUUGCUUUACAACAUAGUGUAUUUUAAAUGUAGUAGUUAAUGCCUUAUUUUCUGAAAUUCGCCAUUAAUCUAAAAAUAUAUGCCUAUUCCCAACAACUUCAAUAAAGAAUGAAUCUUGUUAAAUUGAGUGAAGAAAAAAAAGUGUGUUUAAUUUGCAUUUUCUUAACUGUCGGUGAGGUUGAGCAUUUAUCAUGUCUAAAACAUCAUGCCUAAUGUUGCUGUGAAUUCCUUGUUUUUAUGUAUUCCAUUUUUUAAAUUGGAGUAGUUUUUGAAGGAGUUUGUAGAAACCUUGUUUUGUUACAUACUUUGCAGUU